UAUUUAUAUUACCAUUUUGCAGUUCCAUGUGGGAAAGUAUUGUGGUGCAUUUCUAACUCGUGCAGAUUUUCAAUUACUUGAAUAAAUAAAUGGGUAUGAUCUGAGAGAGGUAAAUUAGGUUGUUGAACAAGGCUAAUUUCAUAGCAGAAAAAUAUGUUGACCAUCGGACCAAUUGUUGUUCUUGGUCCUGGCAAAGCUAAGUGCCUUCAUCGGGAGCCCUUAUGCAGAUCACAACUCAAAAACACUGCUCUUUGUUUGCCCAGUAUCUCAAAGCAAAACAACGGGCAGCUGUUUCAAAGAAAUCAAACCUACCCAUCACUCAUCAAUGGAGGUUGCAGAAACAAGAAGAUGAAAUUCAGGAAAAAUAUGCAAGUGAUCAGCUGCAGUUUGGAAUCAGGGCAACAAUCAUUUCCUUUUAAUCUUAUUCCUGCCGGUUCCAGUUGGCAACUGUGGGCUCUGGGAACGUUAGUACCACUUCUCCUAUCCUUCACAACAAGCAAAUGGGGGCCAUUCUCAAAACUGAAAAAUGAGGCUGAUAACAUGCUAGAGACAGCUGAACAGAUAACGGAUGUGGUGGAAGACGUGGCGGGGAAAGUGGAGGAGAUAGCAGAUCAGGUCGGCGAACAGCUGCCGGACGGUGGAAAACUUCGGGCUACUCUUGAAUUGGUUGAGGAUUUAGCCGAGGGAACAGCUAAGAACGCACAUCUCGCCGGUGAUCUCAUUGACAAGGUGCAAGAAAUUGAAGAUAAGAUGGAGUCUUUAAUGGACGCAGUCGACACUAACGACGACAAGAAACCCAAAGACGUGCAGGAUUGAUGGUGUUUAUGUGUAUUAAUCAAAACUCGACUAAAAACUAAUAUUUAAUAAAUAGAAGUAAUUUUGUACCAGAGCUUUGAAAAAAUCCAAUCCAGAAGACUUGACAGGGGUAGUCGAGAGAUGAAUUUUUAAAAUUUUAAAUUAAUAAAAAAAUAUAUAUAUAUAUAUUUAAAAUAAUAAAA